GCUACUACGAGAUCGAGCGGACCAUCGGCAAGGGCAACUUCGCCGUGGUGAAGCUGGCCACGCACCUGGUGACCCGGGCCAAGGUCGCUAUAAAGAUCAUUGAUAAGACACAGCUGGAUGAAGAGAACCUGAAGAAGAUAUUCAGAGAAGUUCAGAUCAUGAAGAUGCUUUGCCACCCACACAUCAUCAGGCUGUACCAGGUCAUGGAGACAGAGAGGAUGAUUUAUCUGGUGACAGAGUAUGCCAGUGGAGGGGAGAUCUUUGAUCACCUGGUGGCCCACGGGCGGAUGGCUGAGAAGGAGGCCCGCAGGAAGUUCAAGCAGAUAGUUGCUGCUGUCAACUUCUGUCACUGCCGUAACAUAGUGCACAGAGACCUGAAGGCAGAAAACCUCCUCCUGGAUGCAAACCUGAACAUCAAAAUAGCAGAUUUUGGCUUCAGUAACAUCUUCACACCUGGCCAGCUGCUGAAAACCUGGUGUGGGAGCCCUCCCUACGCUGCCCCCGAGCUCUUCGAGGGGAAGGAGUACGACGGGCCCAAGGUUGACAUCUGGAGCCUGGGGGUGGUGCUGUACGUGCUGGUGUGUGGAGCUCUGCCCUUUGACGGGAGCACACUGCAGAACCUGCGUGCCAGGGUGCUCAGCGGCAAGUUCCGCAUCCCCUUCUUCAUGUCCACAGAAUGUGAGCACCUGAUCCGCCACAUGCUGGUCCUGGACCCCAGCAAGAGGCUGUCCAUGGAGCAGAUCUGCAAACACAAGUGGAUGAAGCUGGGCGAGGCUGACGCCGAGUUCGACAGGCUGAUAGCUGAGUGCCAGCACCUGAAGACUGAGAGGCAGCUGGAGCCCCUCAACGAGGAGGUGCUGCUGGCCAUGGCGGACAUGGGGCUGGACAAGGAGCGCACAGUUCAGUCGCUGCGGGCCGACGCCUACGACCACUACAGCGCCAUCUACAGUCUGCUCUGCGACCGCCUGCGGCGCCACAAGAACCUGCGCAUCGCCUCCUCGCCCAGCAUCCCCCGCGCCAUCGCAUUCCCCGCCUCUGCUGGCAUCCAGACAGAGCAGACAGGCAAUACCAUGAGCAUCAACGUGCCACAGGUCCAGCUCAUCAACCCUGAAAACCAGAUUGUGGAGACUGAUGGAACAAUGAACCUGGACAGUGAUGAAGGGGAAGAGCCUUCACCUGAAGCUCUGGUCCGCUACCUCUCCAUGAGGAGGCACACAGUUGGAGUGGCUGACCCACGGACUGAAGUCAUGGAAGACCUGCAGAAGCUGCUGCCUGGCUUCGCCCGGGUCACUCCUCAGGCUCCCUUCCUGCAGGUGACCCCCAAUGUGAACUUCAUGCACAAUGUGCUGCCUCGGCAGAACCUGCAGCCCACAGGGCAGCUGGAGUACAAGGAGCAGUCCCUGCUGCAGCCCCCCACGCUGCAGCUGCUGAAUGGCAUGGGCCCCCUGGGCCGGAGGGCAUCGGACGGCGGCGCCAACAUCCAGCUGCAUGCACAGCAGCUGCUGAAGCGGCCGCGGGGACCCUCCCCGCUCGUCACCAUGACUCCAGCUGUCCCAGCUGUCACCCCUGUGGAUGAGGAGAGCUCUGAUGGGGAGCCAGAUCAGGAAGCUGUGCAGAGAUACUUGGCAAAUAGGUCAAAAAGGCACACUCUGGCAAUGACCAACCCUACAGCUGAAAUCCCUCCAGACUUGCAGAGGCAGCUAGGACAGCAGUCCUUCCGACCCCGGGCUUGGGCUCCACACCUGGUCCCCGAUCAGCACCGUUCUAUUUACAAGGACUCCAACACUCUGCACCUCCCCACCGAGCGCUUCUCCCCUGUUCGCCGCUUCUCCGACGGCGCUGCCAGCAUCCAGGCUUUCAAAGCCCAUCUGGAGAAGAUGGGCAACAACAGCAGCAUUAAACAGCUGCAGCAGGAGUGCGAGCAGCUGCAGAAGAUGUACGGUGGGCACAUGGAUGAGAGGACACUGGAGAAGACACAGCAGCAGCACAUGCUGUACCAGCAGGAGCAGCACCAUCAGAUCCUUCAUCAGCAGAUCCAGGACUGCAUCCGGCCCCCCCAGCCAUCUCCACCCUUGCAAGCUCCAUGUGAAAACCAGCCAGCUCUGCUCACUCACCAGCUUCAGAGGUUACGGAUUCAGCCCUCCAGCCCACCCCCGAACCACCCCAACAACCACCUCUUCAGACAGCCCAACAGCAGCCCACCCCCCGUCAGCAGCAGCGUGCUCCACGGUGCCAGCUCCCAGUCCCAGUUCCAGGGGUUGCCAUCCCACAACACAAUCUUCCCGCAGUCUGGUAACUGUUCCCCUCCCCCAGCCAUGGGGCUGAGUGUCCUGGGCCUGCAGCAGCAGUCACAGCCUCAGCAGGUCACUAUACAAGUGCAGGAGCCUGGCGACAUGGUCAGCAACAACCUCCUGCCAGGGACCUCGGUGGCUGGGCAGGGCAUGUCCUCCCACGCACGGGGCAUUCCCCUCAGUCCCAGUGCCAACCAGCUCCAGAUGCAGCACCGUGCCAACCUGAUGGCCUCCCUCUCCUACGGCCACAGGCAGCUGUCCAAGCAGCUCAGCGCUGACAGUGCUGAGUCACACAGCCUGAGCGUCAGCAGGUACCCCCCUGCCAACUACGACCAGGUGCACUUACACCCCCACCUCUUCCCGGAGCAGCCUCGCGUCUCCCCCAGCAGCUACAGCCCGGCAGGAGGCUUCCCCCCGGCUCAGCAAGCUCUGAAAGUCCCCCAGCUGGAGCAGUACCCCAGCUUCCCCCCCGGCCCGCAGCAGCAGCACUACACCACCUCGGCACUACAGCAGGCACUGUUGUCCCCCACGCCCCCCGACUACAGCCGGCACCAGCAGGUGCCCCACAUCCUGCAGGGACUGCUGUCGCCCCGGCACUCGCUGAGCGGCCACUCGGACAUGCGGCUGCCGCAGGCAGAGUUUGCACAGCUCAUCAAGCGGCGCCAGCAGCAGCAGCAGCAGCAGCAGCAGGAGCUGCAGGAGCUGUUCAGGCACAUGAGCCAAGGGGACGCAGGCAGCAUGGGCGCCGGUGUGGCGCAGAGCCUCUCGGAGUGCCAGUCACUGUCUUUGCCUUACCAGAGCGCUGACAGCUACCAUCCCCAGGGCAGCCCCCAGCACCUGCUCAAAAUCAGGGCACAGGAAUGUAUCCAGCAGGUGCCCCCCGGCCCGGCGCCGGCGCCACACGGAUACGGCCACGGCCACGGCCCCCAGACGGCCCUGUUCCAUUCGGAGAGCAUGGAGGAGGACUGCGCGGGCGAGGGGGCCCGGGACAGCUUUGCAGACAGUAAGAGUUCAAACACAUUGACCAAAGGUUGCCUCGAGACCCCUCUGCUGGUAAACGCAGCGGGGCACGGGGACCCCGACCCUUUGCUGGGCACUGGGAACCAGGAGCUGGGGACCCACCAGUACCGACACCAGCCUCCCGCCGCCGCCUUCAGCAGGAGUAAGGUGCCCAGCAGAGAGUCCAUCGUUGGGAAUUGUCUGGACAAGAGCUCCCCUGGCCAGGCCAUGCAGGUGCCUGACCACAACGGGCUGGGGUACCCGGCACGGCCCCCCUCCAGCGAGCACCCCCGGCCCCGCAGCCUGCAGAGGCACCACACCAUCCAGAACAGCGAUGAUGCCUACGUGCAGUUGGACAACUUGCCUGGGAUGAGUUUGAUGGCAGGGAAGGCUCUGAGCUCCGCACGCAUGGCCGACGCCGUCCUCAGCCAGUCGUCACUGAUGGCCAGCCAGCAGCUGCGGGACAGGGACAGCCAGGAGUGCGGGGAGAGUUUGGAAGGUCAAGAGCAUCCCAACCUAGGUGAUGGCAGCCAGCAUCUAAACACCUCCUGCUACCCCUCCACGUGCAUCACAGACGUCCUGCUGAGCUACAAGCACCCAGAGGUGCCCUUUGGGAUGGAGCAGGCAGGGGUGUAACCAGGAGGGAGUUUUCCGUACAGCUCUGACUCGAGAAGGUCCAUUUGAAACCAACAGUAUCUAGCAGCACCGCGCCAAAUCGCCGUCGUAUUUCUGACUAACUGGAAUACCAUGGCCCCCUCCUCCUCAGGCCCCUGCCCUGGCUCCUUCCUUUGGUCUCUCCACGUCUCACCACCUCUGCCUCUAGCUCCAGCUGCAACCCAACUAACCAGAGAGCCCUGCAGCAGGCACAGAGCCCCGUGCCUGGCGCUGGGCUGGGCAGCGUGGAGCUGCCCUGCCGGGGAAGGGGGCAGGGGUGCCCCGGAGCCUGGCACAGGCAGUGCUGUCCUUCCAGCCUUCACCCUUUGCACUGGGGAAGGGCCCAGCGUGGCCCUGGCAGCGCUGGCAGGGGCGAGGAGGGUGCCAGCCCCCUGUGGGUGGCACCCACCCCUGGUGCAAUAUGCUUCUGUCUCAUCCCUGUCUGCUGUUGUUCCUCUUCUCUUCUGUUGGUCAGUGUGCUGAAAGGAUCCCUGAUCCCCACCUCUGAUCCCCAUCCCUGCUCCCCACCAGUCUCCCCCCACUUCUCAAACCCACAAACGAUCUUGGGGGAGGGGAAUUUUCUUUUCCUGGCUUCACAUAGGGAAAGUGGAAUUUUUCCUUUGUUUUCUUGGCUUCUCCCUCCUCCUCCUCCUCCUCCUCCUCUUCCUGCUCACGUAGGAGUCGUUUUUUUGGUAAAUGUUUUAUUAUUAUUGUUGUUAAUAAAAGGCAAAAGGAAUUUCUGUUGGAGAGAAAUUUUUAAGUAGAUUCUGUUCUAUAUGAAUUGUGACUUGCACCUUUUGUUCAAAGUAUUUUAUUUCUUCCAAUGCCAUUGUACUUGUGACUGGUUCUCUCUCUCUCUCGUGCCAGUGGCCACAGUGCUGUUCUCCUUCAGCCUGCAUAGAUCCCUCCUCCUCCUUCUCUUCCUCCUCCUCCUCCCCACCCUUUCCUCGAGGGAUAGAGCACGGAGUCCCCCCCAAGCUGGGGCUCAGGAGCACUCGGGGUCAUCAUUUGCCUUUGGGACUUCACAAGCUGCAGCUCCAGUUCUUCUUAGUGACACUUUUCUGGAAUAUUUUAUAAA